UGCUCAUCAUGGAGGAAUAACAGGUACCUUACAGAGAGGAGAACAGGCAUAUUUACAGCGACAUUUUGAAACGUGGUCAGACCAUUCGCGAAUGUAUGUUAUAUUGUUACAAAGCAGACAAUCGCAAUGAAGCAUUUUCUAAGGUUUGACUGCAAAUUUGUUGGAUGCCAAUGUGGAGGCGAGUCUAUCCUGUGAGCAGUAACUCUCCAUAUAAUCAGCAACUGGACUCAAACAGGGUACUGACCCAGUUCCUGGUGUUCCUUUACUGUAAGUGUUUGUGGCGGGGCCUGAAAUUUGUAAUCAGGAAGGUAACGGGACGAUGUGAGCUUCAACGCGUCUGUUACAAUAACAAACCUGGUGCUCGAAGGACGCUCAAGAUCGAAUCCUCACUUAAAUGUUCUAAACAUGAGCUUUUGCAGUCUGCUGUCAGUGUUCACCCCGAUUCUGUGGAAAAGACGAUUGAUGAUAUAAUGUUCCUGAAAAAAAUUAAUCCAGACACUAACCCACAGCUUGGCAUCUCUCUCCAGGCGUGCCUGCUCCAGAUUGUGGGUUACCAAAACCUAGUUGUGGAGGUGGAGAAACUGCGUAGAGAGCCGUAUGACUCUGAAAACCCUGCACAUGAGGAGAUGCUCAUGAAGCUGUGGAAGGAACUCCGCCCUGAUUCUCCCCUCUCUGGACGCAUCUCAAAGCAAUGGUGUGAGAUUGGUUUCCAAGGAAACGACCCCAAGACUGAUUUCAGGGGCAUGGGCCUUCUGGGCUUGCACAACCUACUGUAUUUUGCAGAGCAUGAUAAAGCCACUGCUCUACAAGUCCUUCAUGACUCCUUGCAGCCCAAACACAGGAACGUUUCCAAAGAGGAAGCCAGCAUGAUGAGCAAAGCUGAGUGGGAUAAGAAAACAUUUGACAAAGCAAUUGGAUACUCCUUCUCCAUUGUUGGCAUAAACAUCACAGACCUGGCAUAUUCCUUGCUGGUGAGUGGGGCUCUGAAGACUCAUCUGUACAAUGUGGCACCAGAGAUGCCAAGUUUGGUGCACUUCCAACAGACCUUCUGUUAUCUGAUGCAAGAGUUCCACAGGUUCUGGAUCGAGGAAGAUCCAUGUGACAUCAUGGAGUUCAAUUGUGUGCGCACCAAGUUCUACAAGCGCAUCCUGAAGCAGCUGAAGAACCCUGACAUGGCGCUCUGUCCUCACUUCACUGCCUCUGACCUCCACCUGGUCAACCUGUAGCUUCUCAUUCACCUCAAUUCUCAUGACCCCUGAUACUUCACUUUUUCAUCCUUAUGGCCCAUCACUCAACAACAUCACAUUACUGCCAACUGCUCAGUCAGUCUCAUGAGUGUCACAUUUAUACGCCAAUGCCUCAGUGAAUCUCUGCCUCUGCCAUCCAACCAGGAAAUAGUUGAAGAUCAACAGCACUGUUGAAGACCACGUUGAUUGUACAUGCGCAUGGCAACAGUGCACCACCUUACAAAUGAGUCACCUGAUUGUGAUAUUUACAGCUACUGUAUGCUUCAGUCUUAAAGGAAUAGUUCACCCAAAAAUUACAAUUAUGUACUCACCCUCAUGUCAUUCCAAACCCUUAUGUGAUUAUUUUAUGGAACACAAAAGGUGAAUUUUGAAGAAUCUUCAUGCCGAUCUUUUCCAUACAAAGUUCAUAGUGACCACAUCAAGCUCCAUAAAUAAAAAAAAAAUUAAAAAAAAUAACCAUAAAAGUAGUCCAUAUGACUCAGGAGCUAUAUUCCAAAUCAUUUGAUAGCUUUAUGUAAGGAACAGAGGUAAUAUAUGUUGUUAUUCACUGAAAAUCUUAACAAAAUGAGGGUACGUUAAUAUUGAUAUAAUUUUUAUUUUCUGGUGAACUGUUCCUUUAAUUAUGCACCAUUCACCUGCAUCUGAAUGUGAAGAGCAGAGAAAUGUCUCCCAAUAGGACAAGGCUACCUAUCCACCAGUAUGUAGAGCUGUUGUUACAAAUUAGGUAAGACAUUAAGCCUAUAAGCACAAGAGAGCUUCUGUGAAACACAUCCACUGCAGUAGACUGCACUGAUACCAGGCACACUUAGAAACAGUUUGCCCUUGUUUGUAUACAGUAUCAUAUUCUUUGUGAUCUGUUGCAGAUCUCUUUUAGCAACACAGCUUAUAUAAAGGAACUGUGUAUUUGUCUUUCUUUUCGAAAGUCUGUAACCAUCAUCCUCAUAAUGUAACAUUUACCCAUUCUUCUAUUAAAUAUCACAUAAUGCACUGAUUAAUACUUGUUGCCAAGAAACAGAGCUUAAAAACAAAUAUUUACUUGCCAAAUGGUAAGAUAAUGUGUGUUUUGUGAAUGUUAUCAUACAGAGCACAUGACUUUAAAACAUGUUUAAGACAUGUUUAUAAAAAAAAGAAAAAAAAAAGGAAUGUUUCAUUUUUCUGUUCUAGCACCAAAGCAAUAAAUGACGUUUAGAACA